CCUCGGUCCCGGGCGACGGCGGCGGCGACCGUUGGGCGCGAGGGCGGAGCGGAUCGCGGCCGGAGAGCGAGCGGCCGGGCGUUAUUGCACGGAAAUAUGAUAGCGUCACGCAUUCCCCGCCCCACGGACCUGCUGGAAUAAUGAGCUGUGCUCCUGGUUGGGGAAGCACGCCGGGAUGUACAGAGCCGGGGACCCCGGGGAGCGUGCGCUGCUCGGGACAGCGCCCCCUCGCGUCAGGACCGUGGAGGUCGCCAGAGGGAGGGCGGGGUAUGGAUUCACGCUCUCCGGCCAGGCGCCCUGUGUGCUCAGCUGUGUCAUGAGAGGGAGCCCUGCUGAUUUCGUGGGCCUCCGUGCCGGCGAUCAGAUAUUUGCUGUCAACGAGAUCAAUGUGAAGAAAGCGUCCCACGAAGACGUCGUGAAGUUAAUCGGGAAGUGUUCGGGGGUCCUGCACAUGGUGAUUGGUGAAGGCAUCGGCCACCUGGAGUCCUGCUCCAGCGAUGAGGAGGUGGGGUUUUAUGAAGGAAAAGGCUGGCUGAAGCCCAAACUUGAUUCUAAGGCCUUAGGUAUAAACAGGGCAGAGAGAGUCGUUGAAGAGGUGCAGUCGGGAGGGAUUUUCAAUAUGAUCUUUGAAAGCCCGGGCCUUCGUGCCAGCAGUUCCGAGCCUCUGAAACUGAAACAAUGGUCCCUUUCGGAGUCAGCCACUGGGCAAUUUGACCUUGAGCAUGAAAGUAUAAAUGAUCCGAAUCCCAACCUGCUUUCUAAGGAGGAGACAGCGAAAGUGGUGCAUGCCGAUUCUGUUUUUGGUGUGGGACUGGAGAGCCACGAGGACUUUGGGGUGGACGCCAGCGUUCUGAACGUGGCCAUGGUAGUGGGCUACCUGGGCUCCAUCGAGCUCCCAUCCAGCGGCUGCAGCCUGGAGUCGGACAGUGUGCAGGCCAUCCGGGGCUGCCUGCGGCGCCUGCGGGCCGAGCAGAGGAUCCAUUCUCUGGUGACCAUGAAGGUCAUGCAUGACUGUGUCCAGCUCUGCACCGACAAGGCUGCCGUCCUGGCCCGGUACCCGGCCGAGAGGCUGGCGUUCAGUGCCGUGUGCCCGGAUGACCGGAGGUUUUUCGGACUGGUGACUGUGCAAACGGGCGAUGAUGGGAGCCUGGCGCAGGAGGAGGAUGGCGCUCUGCGGACAUCCUGCCACGUGUUCAUGGUGGACCCGGACCUGUUCAGUCACAAGAUCCACCAGGGCAUCGCCCGGCGCUUCGGGUUUGAGUGCACGGCUGACCCUGACACCAAUGGCUGCCUGGAGUUCCCCGCGUCCUCUCUCCCCGUCCUCCAGUUCAUCUCCGUGCUGUACAGGGACAUGGGCGAGCUGAUCGAGGGGGUGCGGGCCCGGGCCUUUGUGGAUGGGGACGCGGACGCCCACCAGAACACCAGCACCAGCAGCAACAGCGACAGUGGCAUCGGCAACUUCCAGCACGAGGAGAGGAGCAGCCGGGUGCUGGUGGUGGACCUGGGUGCCGGCUCCAGCAGGCACGGCCCCAGCAGCAGCGCCUGGGAGGGCAUGGGCACCAGGGGCUCCCAGCCCUGGGGCGCCUCCUGGAAUGGGGCCUUCUGCCACGACCCUGAAGUGGGGCCCCCGUUUGAGGCCGCUCCGCAGGCUGACAGGUGCCGGGACUUUGGGAAGCACCUCGGGCCCACAUCUCAUGGGGAGGUGCCCCCCGCCUCCUUGCGGUGUUCGGUCCCCCCUUCCAAGAGGGGCGCCGGGGGCCCUGGCAGCGGUUUCAGCCAGCGGUGGCUCCCAGUCCAUGUGCUGCAGGAGUGGCAGUGCGGCCACGCCAGCGACCAGGAGUCUUACACGGACUCCACGGACGGGUGGUCCAGCAUCAACUGCGGCACGCUGCCCCCUCCCAUGAGCAAGAUUCCGGCCGACCGCUACAGGGUGGAGGGCAGCCCCGCGCAGCCCCCGCCCAGCACCCAGAAGAGGGACUGGGCCAGGAAGGCGCUCGGGAUGCAGAACAUUUUCGGUCACCACCGACACGUCAGAAAGACUAAGGAAGACACGAAGGGCUCAAAGUUUGGGCGGGGCCUUGGGCUGGCCCUGCCACCUCAGCGCGCCUCUGCUCGGAGAUCUUUCGGGAGGGCCAGGAGGCUGAGCAUCACCCGCUCCCUUGAUGAUCUCGAGUCUGCAACUGUGUCUGAUGGUGAGCUGAGCGGCGCCGACCUGAAGGACUGUGUGAGCAACCACAGCCUGAGCAGCAAUGCCAGCCUCCCCAGCGUGCAGAGCUGCCGGCGCCUGCGCGAGCGGAGGGUUGCCAGCUGGGCCGUGUCCUUCGAGCGUCUUCUGCAGGACCCACUGGGCGUGCGAUACUUCUCCGAUUUUCUAAGGAAAGAGUUCAGUGAAGAAAACAUUUUAUUCUGGCAGGCCUGCGAGUAUUUUAGUCAUGUUCCUGCCCACGACAGAAAAGAGCUCUCCUACAGGGCCCGUGAGAUCUUCAGUAAGUUUCUGAGCAGCAAAGCGACCACUCCGGUCAACAUCGACAGCCAGGCCCAGCUGGCGGACGACAUCCUCCGUGCCCCCCACCCCGACAUGUUCAAGGAGCAGCAGCUUCAGAUCUUCAACCUGAUGAAGUUCGACAGCUACACGCGCUUCCUGAAGUCCCAGCUGUACCAAGAGUGCAUCCUGGCCGAGGUGGAGGGCCGCUCGCUGCCCGACGCACAGCAGGUCCCCAGCAGCCCUGCCUCCAAGCACAGCGUCGGCUCGGACCAUUCAAACGUGUCCACGCCAAAGAAGCUGAGUGGAAAAUCAAAAUCAGGACGCUCCCUGAAUGAGGAGCUGGGGGACGAGGACAGUGAGAAGAAGCGGAAAGGCGCGUUUUUCUCUUGGUCCAGGACCAGGAGCACUGGGCGCUCCCAGAAGAAGAAGGACCACAGCGACCGUCCAAACGACCCCCUGCACGCCAAUGGAGGCCUGGGCCGCAGGGAGUCACAGGGCUCCGUGUCCUCUGCCGGGAGCCUGGACCUGCCAGAGGCCUGCAGGACCCUGGGGCCCGAGAGGGACAAGGCCACCAAGCACUGCAGCAUCCAGCUGCCCGAUGGGACGUCUUGCAUGGUGCCCAUCAGGGCAGGGCUCUCCAUCAAAGAGGUCCUGUCCGGGCUCUGCGAGCGACAGGGAAUCAACGGGGCCGCUGUGGACCUCUUCCUGGUGGGCGGAGACAAGCCUCUGGUGCUGCAUCAGGACAGCAGUAUCUUGGAGUCCAGGGACCUGCGCCUAGAAAAACGCACUUUAUUUCGGCUGGAUCUGGUGCCGAUUAACCGGUCCGUGGGACUCAAGGCCAAGCCCAGCAAGCCCGUCACGGAGGUGCUGAGGCCCGUGGCAGCCAAGUACGGUCUGCGCCUGAGCGAGCUGGUGGCCCGGCUGAAUGGAGAGAAGGAGCCCCUGGACCUGGGAGCCCCCAUCUCAAGUCUGGACGGACAGCGGGUCAUCUUGGAGGAGAAGGACCCCUCCCGAGGGAAAGUGUCCACAGAUAAACAGAAAAGUGCGCCAGCCAAACAGAGCACAUCCGUCAGCACCAGUUCCAGAAGCCAGUCGGCUACGGGAGAGGAGAGAACACUAGGCAAGUCUAAUUCUAUUAAAAUAAAAGGAGAAAAUGGGAAGAAUGCUAGGGAUCCCCGGCUUUCAAAGAGAGAAGAAUCUAUUGCAAAGAUUGGGAAAAAAAAAUUUCAGAAAAUUAAUUUGGACGAAGCAGAGGAGUUUUUUGAGCUCAUUUCCAAAGCUCAGAGCAACAGAGCAGACGACCAGCGCGGGCUGCUGAGGAAGGAGGACCUGGUGCUGCCCGAGUUCCUGCGUCUGCCCCCCAGCCCUACGGAGCUCACCCCAUCCUUGGCCUCCGCCAAGGCCUUCGGCCAGAGACCCACAACAGGCCACGGCAAGGAGAGGGCUCCCAGGCCCCGAGAGCCGCAGGGGCCCGCCUGGGACUGCCGAGAAAGCCCGGCCACCAGCCCUGGCUCGGCGGACAGCGCGCCCUUCUGUGCCCCCGGGACCCCCAGCCCCCCGGCGCAGGAAGCAGAGGCCAGGGACGUCCAGACCGUGGAGGGCGAGCAUGUGGCUGACCUGACGCUCACGGGGGAGGGAGACAUCAACAGCCCCAACAGCACCUUCCUGCCACCACCCCCUGCCCCGCGGAACUCGGCGGGGCCUCCGAGACCAGGUACCUCCCAGUGUGACACCCCUGAGCCCCUGUGACUCCGCUGCUCCCUGCCCGCCUGGUGUCACCCACCCCGUGUUGUCCACCCUGUGUUGUCCACCCAGUUUCCAAUAAAAAAGAAACAGCUGUGGUAAGUUAGCCCUUGGCCCCAAAAGCUCUCGGGAGGCUUCACGUGGCCUCUUCCCCGGUUACUGUUUGUCGUGGCUGCAUCUGCCUUUUCUGAAGGGACUCGGCAGCUGCUGAGGUUCGAGUGUGGGCGGGGUGGGCGCUGAGGGGCCCGGAGGGGGCAUCCCACCGUGGGGCGGGGCUCGAGGCGGCGCCCACAGCGGGCACAGUGGCACUGUCUCUGCUGCCCCCUCCUCAGUCCUGGGCCCGGGAGCACCAGCAAGCGAGGCCCUGGGAACUUCUGCGCGCGCGCGCCGCUUUAAGUUCCCGAUGGCUGCUGGCGCUUCCGGCGUUUUGAUCUCAAGCCUGAAAGAGUGUUUGUCUGGAGCAAGAGCGUGAAGCCCCACGUGAAUGGCAGCGCGAGGACUGGCCUACGGUCCGUCCACAGGGAGGGCUGGCCGCCCUCCGCCUGCCGGUCAGACAGCAUGCGUGCCCAGGCACCGGGGCCCCAUGGGGUUCCCUGACCCGGCCAGUCACAGGUGUCCCUCCAGGUGGAAGCGGGAACUUAGCGUGAGAAGGCAGGCAGCACGGCUGGCGGCGGAGCCAUUCCCCAGAAGCACGAGUGUUGGCAGGUGAAGCGGGGCCCCGGCCUCCUGGAAGGGGCUUGAGGCCACCGCCGGUGUCCCCGCGUCCCUGGUCCCGCGAUGUAGGCGAGGAGCCUUGUCCACGUGCGUGUCCACAGGGCCCUGGAGGCUGCCGGUGUCCCCGGCGUGCCCCGUGAUGCGCGGACGCUCUAGGUCAUGAACCGCUGUUGGGGGUGGCGGGAAGGCCCCGGUCAGGAUGCCGCCGGCACUCAGAGUCCUGCCCCAGGGCUAGGUCUUGUCAGACCUGCAGCUGCGUCUCCGUGGGGACCCAAGGCGGUGCUGGUCCCCGCACGGUCGUACGCACGUGCGCAGUGCCGCGUGGGGCGGGUGCCUUCCCGGUGGGAUGGCGCGCGGAUGCGGAGUCCCGCGCGCGUCGCCCCGCACGGCCUGCGCCGCAGCCUGGCUGUCUUGUCCUGCUCUUCUUUGUAGACGCCUGUGUGUAGUUUUCACCUGUGUUUGAACUCUGUUCUUCCCGGAGAAAUAAACUCUAGAUCUCA